AUGGCCCCUCUCUCGACGGCAUCGCGCGUGCUUGCGCGCUCGGCGGCCCAGUGCAUCCAGCAGACAACGAAGCCCACGGCCAACACAACAGCACGGCUCGCGGCCGUCGCCUCCUCCAGCUUCAGCACGUCCGUCGCGCGCAACGACGGCUCGGCCGCCACCUUCAAGAGUCCCUUCCGCGGCACGUCCAAGUCCGAACAGGCCCCCGACUUCAGCCACUACCUCUCCAAGAAGAGCGGCAGCGCCAACGCGCUGUUCGGCUACUUCAUGGUCGGCACCCUCGGCGCGCUGUCCGCUGCCGGCGCCAAGUCGACUGUCCAGGAGUUCCUCGUCAACAUGAGCGCCUCCGCCGACGUCCUGGCCAUGGCCAAGGUUGAGGUCGACCUCAACACGAUCCCCGAGGGCAAGAACGUCAUCAUCAAGUGGCGUGGCAAGCCCGUCUUCAUCCGCCACCGUACCGAGUCCGAGAUCUCCGAGGCCAACGCCGUCAACGUCCAGAGCCUGCGCGACCCCCAGGCCGAUUCUGACCGUGUUCAGAAGCCCGAGUGGCUUGUCAUGCUGGGUGUGUGCACGCACCUGGGUUGUGUGCCCAUCGGCGAGGCCGGUGACUUUGGUGGCUGGUUCUGCCCUUGCCACGGCUCCCACUACGACAUCUCUGGCCGUAUACGAAAGGGCCCGGCGCCGCUGAACCUGGAGAUCCCGGCAUACGAGUUCCCCGAGGACGAGAAGCUCGUCAUUGGUUGA